AUGAUCCAGGCAGAGGAUCCAUCAGGAAUCGCACAACUCGAGAUGGGUGGGGGGCCUUCUGACUCAUCCCAGGAUCACAGUUGGAUCGUGUGUGGGGCUGUUCGAGCGGGGGACAGGGGCAUGUGGAAAGUCCAGGAGCUCAGAAUAGACUUAGCACGAAGAAGACCUUUGUGCCUUCUAUCCCCCUCCCUCACCAUCACCCUCACCCUCACCCUCACCCUCACCAUCACCCUCACCAUCACCCUCACCAUCACCCUCACCCUCACCAUCACCAUCACCCCCUCCCUCACCAUCACCCUCACCCUCACCCUCACCCUCACCAUCACCCCCUCCCUCACCAUCACCCUCACCCUCACCAUCACCCCCUCCCUCACCAUCACCCUCACCCUCACCAUCACCCUCACCAUCACCCUCACCAUCACCCUCACCAUCACCCUCACCAUCACCCUCACCAUCACCAUCACCCUCACCAUCACCCUCACCAUCACCAUCACCCUCACCAUGACCCUCACCAUCACCCUCACCCUCACCAUCACCCCCUCCCUCACCAUCACCCUCACCCUCACCAUCACCCCCUCCCUCACCAUCACCCUCACCAUCACCCUCACCAUCACCCUCACCAUCACCCUCACCAUCACCCUCACCCUCACCCUCACCCUCACCAUCACCAUCACCAUCACCCUCACCAUGACCCUCACCAUCACCCUCACCCUCACCCCACAAUAA